CAGAAUGGGCUUCUUCCUUAAGGUCAUCAUUUUAACAACAUAUUUGAUAAUGAAGGUCUUUUGUCUAGUGGAAUUCACAAACUUAAAGUGUACGACUUUGGAUAAGGAUUUUGCAGAUAUUGGUUAUUGCACUUUGAAAUCCGUGAACCGCACGUACAAAUAUGUUUCCAUUAAAAUUAAACUUUUGAGGGUUCCCGUAACAAAAGUUAAGGUGAAAUUCGGACUAUAUAGACGCCUCAAUGGCUAUAAGCCUUUUCUAUACAAUUUUACGGUAGAUGCCUGCAAAUUCUUGAAAUCUCCAAAUUCCAAUCCCGUUGCUAAUUACUUCUACGGUUUCUUCAAAGAAUUUUCCAAUAUGAAUCACUCUUGCCCCUAUGAUCACGAUAUUGUCCUGGAUAAGAUGACUUAUGACAGCUUUUCUCACCAAGUUACCAAUAGAUUGCCUUUUCCUGAAGGAAGAUAUAUGAUUGAAAUCCACUGGAUGGCCUAUGACAUUAAUCGGGUUAUAACUCAAUUCUAUUAUACAAUAUCUCACCAAAGCUAAUCGAUGUAUAAGUGACAGCAAAAGAAUAAGCAAGUUUGAAAUAAACCAAUAUUUUGAGCAGUGCACUCGAGUGA